CAUUUACUGGAAUAUGUUUUGUCUGUGAUCGAAGAUGAGCAACUUAUCAUAAAAGCCAAGGUGGACAUUCUCAUGGCCGUGUAUCUGGUCAAGAAAGCUUGGGCGUCUGCGCAUCCGCACGUACUGAGCAAAGCUUUCAUGAAAGCAGGGUUCAAAUCCACAUUGAUUCAGCCGGUGAUGCGAUUUGAUCGAGGACUUUACUCAUUGUGUCUAUUGAUGAUCGUCUUUUUGAAGAAGAAAUCGCCUGGUUGGAAUUUGAUAGUGAAGAAAUGUGCAGAAAUUAUUGGAUCAAUUGAAGCUGCUACAAUGGUCACCAAAGCCACGGUCAUUCGGUCCAUCGAUGGGCUCUGUCGUACCAACGUGCAAACGGAUGAACGAUAUUCGCGAUUGACUGGUAAGCCGGCGCUGAAUUAUCCCGGAUAUCAAAGUGCCCCAUUUGACACGUGGCUAUCCAAUGUGACCAGUUUGAUCAAACAUGCCGUUCGUGAUGAGAUUAAUGUCUGA